GACAGGUGUAAUUCCGAGACCCAUCUGGUGUUUUUGCGUCAUCUAUUCAUCAAGUCAGAAUGACAAGCCGUGCCCAAAUUGAACAAAGUGGUGACUCUCACACAGACACAUGCGUCCACUCCAGGUCUGACAGUGCGGCUUUGUCUUCUAAAGGCUCCUGAAAGAGGAUUUAGUUUUGAGUAUAAAACCCACAGACAAUCAAGAAUAUCAUCAAAUCCAGCUCUGGGAUCAGCGAAGGGAUGAAGGAGGGGGAUUUACAGCCUCACGGGGAGCGGAGCGAGGGUAUGAGUCGGGUCAGGAGAGCGUUUCAGGUUCAUUUUCAGCCGCAGGUCAAGUUUACUUUGACCACCUCUCGCCAGCCCCAGAGUAACCGCACGGUGCACAGUCUGGCACUUUCUCACUGUUAGGUAAACCACAAGAGUGAGUCACACAAGGCUGGCAGACAUCCGUGCUGAUGACCAGCGUGGCCACUUGUUCCUGAAUGAGAGAUGCAUGCUCCCUCUUUGGAUUCAUCCCCCUGACCACUACAGAGCCCGUCAAACCCUCCUGUCCUAUCCCCCACUCCCACUGCUCCCCACUAUACUGUGUCCUUGUCCUCUUUCCUCCACUGUUAUAGUCUAGUUGAGAUUAGGGCUGAACAACUAAUCGUUUUCAAAUUCCUUUGGCUGCAGUUUAAUGGUUCAAUAUUUGAUUGUUCUAUAUUCUUAGCAAAUAAAAAAAAAGGUAAUACAUUAAAAACAACAUCAUAUCCUUGACUCCCCAACCUUGGUCCAGUGUGUAGAAUUUAGGGGGAUCAAUAAACAAAAAUUGAAUAAAAAAAUUUACUCACUUACUUACUUUCCCAUGCUAUGUUGUACCAUAUUUCAUUGGGUUACAAAAAGCAACUCGAUAAAUCCUACACACUAGUCCUUUAAUGUUUUGGGGGUGUUGUGUUCUAAUGCGCCAUCAUAUUUUCAAUUUAUUACACAAUGAAUAUUGAACUUAAAUUGCAAAUAGCAAUUGCAAUUCCUCGAUAUUUCCCCACAUCGUUCAGCCCUAGGUGAGAUCUUCUGCAUGUCUAACUGAUAGCAGACUCAUUUCACUCCCUGGUUGUCAUGAGAGGUCAUCAGGGCCACUUGCAGCAGGGGGGCGACAUGCACAGUGAGACAGAGGAAGUGGGUCCCAGUUCAGGUCAUGGAGGGUCACAGAGGCGAGGGUUGCAGAAGGCCUUCUCCCAGUCAGAACGCCUCUCUUUCAGUAAAAUGAGCCGCAACACCAGGGAGAGCAUGGGGGUUCUUGGCCAGGGUUUGAAACAGCUGUUCCGCCAGCAGCGUAAACACCUCUCUCACUCCGCCGUCCCCUCCUCAUCUUCCUCCUCGUCUUCCUCCGUAGUGUCAGCAGGCGACACCUCCCCCUCUGCCCCCGAGGAUGCCGUUGGGUCCCGCUGUCCUGACUCUGACCGCCUCUCUGCUCCUGUGGUUCCCUCUGCAGCUGGCCACAGCUCGGCGGCUGCAGGCAUGAUGAGGCGCGGGACCAGCCUGCAGAGCCGGCGCAGUAAGGGGUCGGGAUCUGGGAGCGGAGACCGCGAUCCCCUCCUGAAAGGUAGCCCACAGGCCCCGCGCCGCCGCUAUACCACUGAUCCACAGCAGUAUAUUAGCCGCCCACGCUCCUCUUCCACGACCGACACCACCACCGUCAGCAGCCCUGUCCCCGUUAAUGCCGGCAGUGAUGUGGUGCUGUCAUCAGGGUACCAGUCCACCGAGGAGACGGACAGGAUCGACCGGCUGGAGGUGAGUGCACUCGGCCAAACGCCGCUGGCCGUGUCCUGCGGGACCGACGGCUCGUUUGUGGGGGCCGAGGACGCGGUCCUCGACCCUCAACGCACUAAGCAGGCGAUCGCCCAACUGCAGCAGAAAAUCCUCAAGCUCACGGAGCAGAUUAAGAUCGAGCAGACGGCCAGGGACGACAACGUCGCCGAGUACCUCAAACUGGCCAACAAUGCCGACAAACAGCAAAGCACACGCAUCAAACAGGUCUUUGAGAAGAAGAACCAGAAGUCGGCGCAGACCAUCCAGCAGCUGCAAAGGAAGCUGGAGCACUACCACCGCAAGCUGCGAGAAGUCGAGCACAAUGGCAUCGCACGCCAACCCAAGGAUGUUCUGCGGGACAUGCAGCAGGGGCUGAAGGACGUCGGGGCCAAAGUCACGGGCUUCAGUGAAGGUGUGGUGGACAGUGUGAAGGGAGGCCUGUCCAGCUUCUCGCAUGCCACGCAUUCCGCUGCGGGCGCCGUCGUUUCCAAACCUCGAGAGAUCGCGUCGCUGAUUCGCAAUAAAUUCGGCAGCGCUGACAACAUCCCGUCCCUCAAAGACUCUCUGGACGAUCCCUCAGUGGAAGAUGGUGUGCCCGUGGCCGGUGGACGGUCCCUGGGCAUCGCUGGGCAUCACCUCCAGUCCAGUCCUAAGUAUGGCAGUGAGGAUGACUGCUCGAGUGCUACGUCGGGCUCGGCGGGGGCCAACAGCACCACAGGGGCCCCCGGUGGACCCCCUAGUUCUAGGGGCAACACACUGGAGAGGAGCCAGAGCUCCGGCCUGGAUAUGCUGCUGCAGGAGGUACAGGACCUGAGGGAGGGUCAGGCGAGGCUAGAGGAGAGCCUGGAUGGCUUGAAGACCCACUAUCAGAGGGACUACACCGUUGUUAUGCAAGCAUUACAGGAGGAACGCUUCAGGUGUGAACGCCUGGAGGAGCAGCUGAACGACCUGACAGAACUCCACCAGAACGAGAUCCUCAACCUCAAACAGGAGCUGGCCAGCAUGGAGGAGAAGAUCGCUUACCAGUCUUACGAGAGAGCCAGAGACAUCCAGGAGGCGUUAGAGGCCUGUCAGACCAGGAUCUCUAAGAUGGAGCUCCAGCAGCAGCAACAGCAGGUCGUCCAGUUGGAGGGGCUGGAAAAUGCCACGGCCAGGACCCUCCUGGGAAAACUUAUCAAUGUGCUGCUGGCCCUUAUGGCCGUCCUUCUGGUCUUUGUCUCAACUGUGGCCAACUGUGUGGUCCCCCUGAUGAAGACCCGCUCGCGCUCCCUCACCACCCUCCUCCUCAUCCUCCUGCUGGCCUUCUUGUGGAGAAACUGGGACGCGCUCUCGGGCUACACACACCGAGCCCUGCAGCCUCCCGGGUGACCAGACCCCGCGCCAGGUGAUGCAACUGUUAGCCCGCCGCCGCCGCCGUGCGGGGCGGUCGAGGAACACGAUUUGCCGUCAGACUAGCCGUGUGGCCGAGCGCUGAAAAUUUCGGCUGAGCACUUUCAGACGCGCCAUGGAAUCAAGACAGAGUGGAAGAAACAGCUGAUGAAUUUUAAUUCAGAAGGAAGAGACUGUUUACAUCAUUAUUAUUAUUAUUAUUUUUUUUUUUUUAAAUGAACUAUUUUAUCGCGCACACAAUGUGGCACCUGUACUGUUUUUAUCUUUUAGAGUUUAAUCAAUUUUAAUGUUAAUAUUUCUAAUAAUAUUAUUUUUAUUUUCAAUGUUAUUUUAUUCAGUACCUUGUAGCAUUACGCUCCUCUGACUCGACAUGAAGGGGAGUUCAGUCAGGAAACCGGGCUGGCGAUUAGCUCCAACAGCCUGGUCCAAGUGUUGUGAUCAUGUGGUGGAACACUCACCUCGCUGUGACCGGUGGAUUUGACCCGUGGCUGAAAGAAAACGUCCUGGGAGUUACUUGCUGUGAUGAAUCGAGUGAUGAAUCGAGUUCAGACAGAACCUUUUAGAGAAUGACUGUCCAAGGAAUGAGAGUGUCAGGACUUUUGUGCUUCCUUUACCAUUUCUAAUAUCAAAGAUGUCUUUUUAAUUAUUUCCUUUUAUUUCCAAGUGUAACAGGACAAACCAUAUUUAAUAUUGAAGUGGAAAGACAAAAAGGGGCGGGGCCUUCGAGAGCGACCGCAGAGACGGCACACGGACACAGGCGCUCUCUGGUUAUCGUCAAUCUGACGUAUUGUCAACAUGUAUUCGAUACUGCACGUGUCCAUGAAGAAAAAUCACAAUGCAAUGGAGUCACUUUUGCUUUUAAAGGAAAAGGUCAACGUCAAAGCAAAAUCAAUUUGCCGGGGGCCUUUCCCCUUUGCCCUCCCCCCGACCGGAGUUGAUCAGGUUAGGAGAGACAGACGGCCGGUCCUUUUGCAGGAGAAGGAAAGAUGCUGCUUCAUAUCUACAGUGCUCGUCGCCUCCACUGCCACGCCAGUCAAAAAAUGCACUGCCUGACUGUGACACUGAACUGUUCCCUGCCUUUUUUUUACUCCCACGUACGCUACGUCACGGCAUAGACACUCAGUGCCAAACCUUAUUUAACCCAACUGAAGACCCCGUUCACGCCCGGUAUUAGCAUCCAUCCUGAGUGAUCUGAUCCUGAGGUGGUUUGAGGACACAUUCCUGAGCAUGCAAGAACACAAAGUGUCCUCAGGACACAUUAGGUCCGGCUCCCUCAGCUGAUAGCAUCUGACUGUAGCGUCACAGUGUUUUUGUUCAUUUAUUUAUUUAUAGCUGCCACCACAGCUUUUUUAAUGUUACAGCAGCGCUAUAACAUUAAAGUAGACACGCUGUGGUUACAAACAUGAUUUUGUUUCCUUACGCUUUCAUCUCCAGUCCCAGUUUGCAGAUUUAUUAAGUAGCGUGUGUCUGACUGCACUACACGAGGUGGCCAUUAGGCUUUUAACGUAUUACGUAGCAGCGUGUGGAGCCUCAUUCUGAGUCCUGCCGUUCAACUCAAUAAAACAGAAAGUAAUUUAAACUGACGGAGGAUGAACUUUGUCUCCUUGCCAGUCCAAAAAAAAUGUACCCACCUCAUCUUUUGCCAAUUUUUUUUCUCACUAUUGUUUUCUUCUGUGGAGCAGCUGCUUAUUUUAUUUCUGGGUCAAAGCCUGGGGUGGGAAGUUUGGAACAACUCGCAGCCACAUUAUUUAUCUCUUAAGUCCGGUUAUCAGUAGAAUUAACACAAUAAUUCCGUAUUUGUCUCACGUCAAUUAAAAUUAAAUUAUGUUAACUUGUGUAUUUGAAUACAGGGGCGGGGAAGUCGUACUUAGGACUGUUCACAUGUCAUGGAUGUUAAUAUAACGGGUCUGAACGGGGGCUAAAGAGUCCAACCAGAGGAGCGACAUGGGAAUGUUCUCAGAAGGUUUCGUGAAUGUCUUUGCCUGGAUGUCAAGAAUGUAAUAUGUUGGGGAAACAUAACUUAAAAAUAAGACACACAGAGAGAGAGAGAGAUAAUGAAUUAAUCUUGACUCAAAGUUGAAUCCAGUUCCUAGGUUGCACCUUAGUUGGGUCUUUCUUACGCUCGCCCUCUUUCUGAACUGCUCAAGGACGCGGCAGGAUGACCCGAGUUAACACUGAAAAGUCCACCCUUGCAUUUCGUUGCUGAGAAGCUCAUUUAAUUUACGGCUGCACCUCAGCACACCGACGGAUGAUAGUCAGGCUGAGGCGUGAGAAACCUUUGAUGGCGACUUCUUCGCUGGGAUAAGAAGAGUCGAUUCAGGUCAGGAUCACGGGCCGCUCUCGUCAAAAAAAAAACAGAACCUCACACAAAGAAGGAGUUCACUUUAUCUCUUCUCUUGUCAAAAUGUCAAACGUGGAAUUAAAAAAAAAGAAAUGGCAGGAAGUAGAUUUAUCCGUUUCGUGUUUGCCACUGUCGGUGCCGCGGACAAGUUGAGAGAGAAAGAGAGUGAUUUGACCUUGGCUUGACCUUGCAGUAUCUUUUUGUGACGUAGGGUUGUGUGCUAAAUCACUCUAGUGCCUUCUGAUGUCCUUUUCUAAGUGUGGAAUAAAGUGCAUUCCUGACUAA